AUGAGUGACGAAGAACGCGAAUUCGAAGAGCAAGUAGAGGAGGAGGAACAAGAAGAACAAUAUGAGACCGGCAACCGUGCUCAAGGAACCGUUCGCUACGGUGACGUUAUCUGCCUUAAGCACGCUUCCACCGGCAAGUAUUUGACCUCGAAGGAGGAGGGUUAUAGCCAUGAUGGCACCAGUGGUCAACAAAUUGUCUUCACCAAUGACUAUGAGGGCGAUGAUAGCCAGGAAUGGCUUGUCAUUCCUGUUGAAGGCACCGGCCAAGAGGACGGUGGCGAAGUUGGCUUUGAUGAUGAAUUUAGAUUGAAGCAUCAGCAAACUGGUCGCUACUUGCACUCUCAUCCUGAUAUUCCAAGCCCUGUUACCGGUCAACAAGAAGUCACUGGUUUCGGUGGAGAAGACGAGACCGAUGAAAAUGAUAUCUGGGUAUUGCAAGCAUUCCCUGAUUAUGAGUACCCCGAGGAGGACUAUCUCUGGCAUUUGGAUAUUCCCCUCGUCAUCCGCCAUAAGAUGACCGGCCAAACCUUGCACAGCCAUGAAGAGGAAUUUGAUGAUGGUAACGAGGUCACCGCCUACGUUGGAACUGAUGACAACGACCAAUGGAUCGUUGCAUUUGAUUAA